CCCACCCCAAACGUCGGCACAUCCCUAGACGCUGCAACGCGCACCGCACCGGUAGAGAAAAUGGCUGCGACCAUGAGCACGAACGGAGGAGCCGCGUGCCGCCUGCCGCCGCGCAUCGGCCUGGGCACGGCGGUGCAGGGCCCGCGCCCGGAGCCGGUCCGCCGCGCGGUGCUCCGCGCCAUCGAGCUCGGGUACCGCCACUUCGACACCGCCGCGCACUACGCGACCGAGGCGCCCAUCGGGGAGGCCGCAGCCGAGGCCGUGCGGACGGGGGUCAUCGCCUCCCGCGACGAGCUCUUCAUCACCUCCAAGGUCUGGUGCGCCGACGCGCACCGCGACAGGGUCCUCCCCGCCCUCAGGCAGACGCUCCGCAAUCUCCAGAUGGAGUACGUGGACCUGUACAUGAUCCACUGGCCCGUGUGCAUGAAGCCCGGGAGGUUCACGGCCCCCUUCACGCCCGAGGACUUCGAGCCGUUCGACAUGCAGGCCGUGUGGGAGGCCAUGGAGGAGUGCCACAGGCUGGGCCUCGCCAAGGCCAUUGGCGUCUGCAACUUCACCUGCAAGAAGCUCGAGACCCUGCUCUCCUUCGCCACCAUCCCUCCCGCCGUCAACCAGGUUGAAGUAAACCCUGUGUGGCAGCAGAGGAAGUUGAGGGAGUUCUGCAGGGAGAAGGGCAUUCAGCUAUGCGCCUACUCGCCUCUGGGAGCCAAGGGUACGCACUGGGGGAGCGACUCGGUGAUGGACUCCGGCGUCCUGCACGAGAUCGCCAAGUCCAAGGGCAAAACUGUGGCACAGGUGUGCCUGAGAUGGGUGUACGAGCAGGGAGACUGCCUGAUCGUGAAGAGCUUCGACGAGACGCGGAUGGAGGAGAACCUGGACAUCGUGGACUGGGAGCUGACGGAGGAGGAGAGGCAGCGGAUCAGCAAGAUCCCCCAGCGGAAGAUCAACCUGGGCCGCCGCUACGUCUCCGAGCACGGGCCAUACAAGUCCCUCGAAGAGCUCUGGGAUGGCGAGAUUUAACAUCAGUAGCUGCCAUCACAGAUUGGCGAGCUGGCUAUGGAUUGCAUGGUUCACUCCUGCAGUGCAGCCUAGCCUGUGUGUGUCGGCAUUCGACUUUCCUGGCCAGGAUGGCUUGUCGGAGAACGGUUUCACACCGACCCCCCUCCAAUAAAAUUUGUUUUUACAACAAGUUAAAUAAAGGAUUUGCUGGAACCA